CUGUGUACGUCAGCGCAUCGCCGCAAAAGAAGAAGUUGUGGUUUAAUAUGGCGCAUGCCGGUAUAUCACUCGUGCGUCUCAGGGCGCUGUGCAAUAUUGCUAAAUGUGUUCAUACAGGAGAGAAAACAGCGUUGGGCUGGAGCAGAGAAAUGCGGUGGUACAUGACAAAAGCUCGAGGCCUUCACGACGACGGUGCGUCACAUGUCCAGGCUGAAGGAGGUAACGCUGGCUCAAAACUCUUGAAGGACUUUCCAGAUCCUAAAGGUCUCUUGAAUAACACCAUCUCGCGUUCUCUGGGAGUCCAGGACCUGUCCCAGUACAUCCAGUACACUUGCACGGAAGAUGCGGGUGUCAAGAGAGCCACUGUCACACUACUGUGGCCCUGCAAGAUUGAAGAGGAGGGUCUUGCCUCUAGGAAGAUCGAUGCAGAGCGAUGUGCUGCAGCUGCUGCUUGUCUCAGACUCAAAGAAAUGGGUGUCAUCGGUCCAAAUAAUCAGCUCCCUGCGAGAGCUGGCAGAGGCAGACGGCCACUGUCUUCAGCUCUUGACAGUGAUAACAAUGGCAUUUGGGCAGAAACUGUCCAUGUGUCUAGAAUGAAAGCAGAUGAACCAAAGCAAUGGCUACCACCAAGAGAAGAAACCUCCAAAAUAGAUGAAGCUCUUUCCCUGUUUCCACAACCUAAGUCACUCCUCACCAGGGUCAUUCAGGUGGCCACAUCAUCCAACAGAAUGAGGGAACUAAUGAAGGUCAGAACAACAGGAGGGAAGCUAAAGAGGUGUGAGUUGACUGUCCGCUGGCCCAAGGAGAUGACUUUCUCCGCCACAGCCCGAAACCGAGUGACAGCAGAGAAGAUGGCUGCAGCUCUUGCAUGCAUGAAACUGAAGGAGUUGGAGCUGCUAGACAAAAACAACAACCCACUGACUCAUGCCAAGUACCAUCAAGAGGAGGUGCGUGAGGCCGGAGAGCAACACAAGCGCCCCCUUCCCCUGGAAAUCCCACAGUACCUGGAGGAAAGCAUAAGGGAGUACCUCGCACAGUACCCCGUGGCAACGGACGUACAGAACCUUUGGGAGGAAGAAGAGGCUAGAGAACAGCAGGCCACAAAACAGGAGGAGGAGGAGGAGGAGAAAGAUUUGGUGACAGAUGCCAUCACAGGGAGGCCGUACAGGCCUCUGUCAAAACUGGAAGCCCAGCAGCUCAGCACCCACCUACAGGAGAAAUGGGAGAGGGCCAACCCUGUGCUGAGCGUGGAGCUCCCAGCCGAUGCCCACCGUCAGCGCGUGGUCUCGGCGGUGCAGUCCUCCAGGGUGGUUGUGAUCGCUGGUGAGACAGGGUGUGGAAAAACAACACGGAUCCCCCGCUUCCUGCUGGAGGACGCCGUGAGAGGUGGUGAGGGUGCUGAAUGCAACAUCCUGGUGACCCAACCCCGACGGAUAAGCGCAGUGUCCGUGGCCCAUCGUGUUGCUCAUGAGAUGGGUCCAGCUCUAAAGCAGUCUGUGGGAUAUCAGGUGAGACUUGAGAGCCGACCACCGGAGCAUAGUGGAGGAGCUUUGCUGUUCCUCACAGUGGGCGUCCUGCUGAAGAAGCUGCAGUCAAACCCGUCCCUGAAGGGAAUCAGCCAUGUGGUGGUGGAUGAGGUUCACGAGAGAGACAUUAACACUGACCUGCUGCUGGCUCUGCUGCGCUCCAGCUUAAAGGAGAACCCCGACCUACGAGUGGUGCUUAUGAGCGCUACUGGGGACAAGCAGAGAUUGGCGCAGUACUUUGGAGGCUGCCCAGUCAUAAAUGUACCUGGGUUCAUGCACCCAGUCAGGGACAGAUACCUGGAGGAUGUGCUGGCAGCGAUGGGUCGCCCAAUGCCAAAGACAGAGAGGAGAGAGGAGACAGACAUGCAGGGAGGAAGACAAGAGGCUGUACCAGAUCUAGAUUUAGUGGCUGAUGUAAUCGAGCAUAUUGACAGACAUGGAGAGCCUGGUGCAGUGUUGUGUUUCCUCCCUGGAUGGCAGGACAUCAGAGCAGUUCAAGAGAUUCUGGAGGCGAGGCCCCACUUUUCCUCGGGGUCACAGAUGAUCUUGCCUUUGCACUCUAGUUUAUCGGUAGCAGACCAGCAGUUAGUGUUCCAGCGCCCUCAGGUGGGCCAAAGGAAGAUCGUCCUCUCAACUAACAUUGCUGAGACCUCAAUCACUAUAGAUGACAUCGUCCAUGUGGUGGAUACAGGAACUCACAAAGAGCAGAAAUAUGACCCACUGACUAAGGUAUCCUGUCUGGACACAGUUUGGGUAUCUCGCUCGAAUGUCACGCAGAGAAAAGGGAGAGCAGGGCGAUGUCAGCCAGGACAGUCUUACCACCUGUUCCCGCGAAAGCAGCUGGAAUCUAUGACUACCUUCCCCAUCCCUGAGAUCCUGCGCACCCCACUGGAGAGUUUAGUUUUGCAAGCCAAAAUCCACAGUCCUAAUUCCAAGGCAAUAGAGUUCUUAUCCCAGGUGUUGGACAGUCCAGAGCUGGAAGCUGUGAGAGACGCGGUCCAAAUUCUACAAAAUAUUGGAGUUCUGGACCAGACAGAAACCCUGACACCUUUAGGAGAGCGUGUUGUGUGCAUGUCAUGUGACCCUCGUCUGGGCAAAGUUUUGGUCCUGAGUGCCAUGUUUAGAUGUGUUCUGCCAAUGCUAUCUGUAGCUGCUUGUCUGACUAGAGACCCUUUUUAUAACAGCCUACAGAACAGAACACACAUUAACAAGGUCAAAGAGGCUCUGAGUGGCUCCACCUACAGCGACUUUUUGGUUUUCAUUAGAGCUGUGUUGGGCUGGAGGAGACUUCAGCAGGAGGGGGACAGAGAAGAGAGAGAUGAGUAUCUGGACAAACACGUUCUGUCGAAGUUCAGCCUUAGAUUCAUCAAUGGUCUCAUCUCUCAGUUCAGUAUGAACCUGCAUGAAGCCGAGCUGGUGCCUCAAGCCAGUCAGUGCCAGCAUCAUACUUCUCUCUAUAACAAGCACAGCAACGAGGACGAGCUGCUAAAGGCUGUACUGGUGGCUGGACUCUAUCCCAACCUUAUUCAGGUGAAGAAAGGUGUUGUGACCAGAAAUGGGCGCUUUCGGCCCAACCAAGUGAGUUUCCGAACAUCCAGCGGGCCGGUACUCCUUCACCGCUCCACAGUGAACAGAGGAAAAGAAGAGCUUCCUAGUCGGUGGUUGACCUUCUUCAGUGCUGUCAAGUCCAAUGGGAAUGUUUUCAUCAGAGACUCUUCUGCGGUCCAUCCACUCGCCCUGCUGCUGUUCACAGACUGUGAUAUCUCAGAGAGAGUGAACGGUGACAGAGUGGAAGUAUCCCUUCGUGGAUGCUCUUUGGUGCGCUGUGAGUUGCCAGCUGAGACCUGGGAGCUGCUGUGGGAGCUUCGCACUUCCAUCCAGACCAUGCUGUACCGCAACCUCAGCAAUCCCAGCAACGCAAUCACCAACUCUGCUCAAGACGGAAAGCUCAUCUCUUUACUCAUCGAGCUGCUUAACAAUACAGACUCAAACCCUUUCACUCCUAACCUCAACAGUGACAGUGAGGUGGACUGAUGACGCUGAGCUCUUUGUACAUGUGUGUGUUGGAUCUGAAGGCUGGUGCAGAGGAACAAAGAAAGACUGUAUCAUUUAUAUUUUUAUAUUAUUAUUAUUUAUUGAAUUAAUUUUCAUCUACUGGAGUCAGUAGUGAAUGUGUAAAACUAAUCACAGCUCUCGAUGAGCAGAAACAGACAGUGGCCUCCUGUCUGCUGUUGUUUUUGAGGUAAAUGAUGAACACCAUACGUGAGGAAAUCCACUAGUUUGGGUUUUGAACUGUGGUUGAAUAUUUGUCAAGUCUAGGAUUUUCCUCUUAACAAGUAAAGACAAAGAAUCAAAGGUCUAUAGAUGACUGCAUGCGGUACAUAAUGUCACACAUAUCUCAAUAAAUGUGCACAUGACAACAUGAGGAAAA